AUGCCAAGCCUGACUGACUUGAUCCUCACUGACAACCCAGCGCUUGGGGUAUCGACUGAGAAGUGGUCCCAUUAUUUGCUAAGAGUAAAGCAAAAAGACACGCUGGACCUGAGCAAUUACUCAGUAACGUGGGAAGAUAUCGAUAUGAUUUGCGUUGUGUUAGACCGCAUUCCCACACUGACUAACUUGAACCUUACCAGUAACACAGCGUUGGGCGGAUCGGCUAUCUUGUGGGCAAAGAACUAUUUGCGAUUUACGAAAAUACAGACGUUGAACCUGAGCGAUUGUUCAUUGCAAUUGACAGACAUUGAACACAUCGCCUCGGUUUUAAGUGGCAUACUCACAUUGAGCCUUGCCGGCAACACAGCGUUGGGCGGAUCGGCUGACUUGUGGGCCGAGAACUUGUUGCGAUUUCCGAACCUACAGACGUUGAACCUGAGUAAUUGUACAUUACGAUGGACAGAUAUCAAACACAUUGCCUCGGCUUUAGAUAACAUGCCAAGCCUGACUGACUUGAUCCUCACUGACAACCCAGCGCUUGGGGUGUCCACUGAGAAGUGGUCCCGUUACUUGUUAAGAGUAAAGCAAAAGCACACGCUGGACCUGAGCAAUUCCUCACUAACGUGGGAGGAUAUUGAUACGAUUUCCGUUGUGUUAGACCACAUUCCCACACUGACUAACUUAAACCUUACCGGUAACACAGCGUUGGGCAGAUCGGCUGACUUGUCGGCAAAGAACUUGUUGCGAUUUACGAACCUACAGACGUUGAACCUGAGUAAUUGUACAUUGCAAGGGACAGACAUUGAACACAUCGCCUCGGCUUUAAGUGGCAUACCCACACUGACUAACUUGAGCCUUGCCAGCAACACAGCGUUGGGCGGAUUGGCUAACUUGUGGGCUGAGAACUUGUUGCGAUUUACGAACAUACAGACGUUGAACCUGAGCAAUUGUACAUUGCAAUGGACAGACAUUGAACACAUCGCCUCGGUUAUAAGUGGCAUACCCACACUGACUAACUUGAGCCUUGCCGGCAACACAGCGUUGGGCGGAUCGGCUAACUUGUGGGCCAUGAACUUGUUGCGAUUUAGGAACCUACAGACGUUGAACCUGAGUAAUUGUACAUUACAAUGGACAGAUAUCAAACGAAUUGCUUGGGCUUCAGGUGCCAUGCCACGCCUGACUAACUUGAUCCUCACUGACAACCCAGCGCUUGGGGUAUCGACUGAGAAGUGGUCCCAUUAUUUGCUAAGAGUAAAGCAAAAAGACACGCUGGACCUGAGCAAUUACUCAUUAACGUGGGAAGAUAUCGAUAUGAUUUGCGUUGUGUUAGACCGCAUUCCCACACUGACUAACUUGAACCUUACCAGUAACACAGCGUUGGGCGAAUCGGCUAACUUGUGGGCAAAGAACUGUUUGCGAUUUACGAAAAUACAGACGUUGAACCUGAGCGAUUGUACAUUGCAAUUGACAGACUUUGAACACAUCGCCUCGGUUUUAAGUGGCAUACUCACAUUGACUAACUUGAGCCUUGCCGGCAACACAGCGCUGGGCGGAUCGGCUAACGUGUGGGCCAAGAACUUGUUGCGAUUUACGAACCUACAGACGUUGAACCUGAGUAAUUGUACAUUGCAAUGGACAGACAUUGAACACAUCGCCUUGGCUGUAGGUACUAUGCCAAGCCUGACUGACUUGAUCCUGACUGACAACCCGGCGCUUGGGGUGUCGACUGAGAAGUGGUCCCAUUAUUUGUUAAGAGUAAAGCAAAAAGACACGCUGGACCUGAGCAAUUCCUUACUAACGUGGGAAGAUAUCGAUACGAUUUCCGUUGUGUUAGACCGUAUUCCCACACUGACUAACUUGAACCUUACCGGUAACACAGCGUUGGGCAGAUCGGCUAACUUGUGGGCCGAGAAUUUGUUGCGAUUUAUGAACAUACAGACGUUGAACCUGAGUAAUUGUACAUUACAAUGGAGAGACAUCAACCACAUUGCCUUGGCUGUAGGUGCCAUGCCAAGCCUGACUGACUUGAUCCUCACUGACAACCCGGCACUUGGCGUAUUGACAGAGAAGUUGUCCCAUUAUUUGUUCAAAGUAAAGCAAAGAGACACGCUGGACCUGAGCAAUUACUCAGUAACGUGGAAAGAUAUCGAUACGAUUUCUGUUGUGUUAGACCGCAUACCCAGACUGACUAACUUGAGCCUUGCCGGCAACACAGCGUUGGGCGGAUCGGCUAACUUGUGGGCCGAGAACUUGUUGCGAUUUACGAACAUACAGACGUUGAACCUGAGCAAUUGUACAUUACAAUGGACAGACUUCGAACACAUUGCCUUGGCUGUAGGUACUAUGCCAAGCCUGACUGACUUGAUCCUCGCUGACAACCCGGCACUUGGGGUGUCGACUGAGGAGUGGUCCCGUUACUUGUUAAGAGUGAAGGAAAAACAUACGCUGGACCUGAGCAAUUCCUCACUAACGUGGAAAGAUGUUGGUACAAUUUCCACUGUGGUAAGCCACAUUCUCACACUGAAAUACUUGAGCCUUGCCGGCAACCAAGCACUGGGCAGAUCGGCUGAGAAGUGGGCCAAGGAAUUGCCGAAAAUGUUGCGAUUAAAUAGGCUGGACCUGAGCUUUUGCGAUUUGACACCGACAGACAUUGAACACAUUGCCCCGGCUGUAGGUAACAUGCCCAAACUGACUGCCUUGAACCUUGCUUCUAACAAAGCAAUGAGUGAGUCGGCUUGUGCUAAGGAAUUGGCGAAGAUGACACACUUAAACAGGCUUGACCUGAGAGAUUGUAACUUCCAACCAUCAGACUUUGAACAUAUCGCCUCUGCUGUAGGUGAGAUGCUCAGACUGACUGACUUGUACAUUGGUGGCAACCUUGAAUUGUUAGAUAAGUUGAAGUCCCGCUUCCCAUCGCUUAGGGUUCACAUGGACCUCUCCCGCUGGGAGUUACCAUUUUUAUAA